AUCACAGAUACAUACAUUCCAAUUAAUCUAUGAUCAGAAUGAAAUAAUUAGCAAAAUGAAUAGCCUUAUAUUACUUGUAAUUUGUAAUUGUAAUUAACUGUAAGCUAAAGAGCUAACUGCUGUAUACUAUUUUGAAUCAUUAAUUGAGUUUUUUGGUUUUCUUGUGAAAACAUGGAAAUUAAAGAUACCUAUUAUGAUAAAAGUGAAUAUGUUGAGACAGCAUCGGGGAACAAAGUAUGUCGACGAACAAUUUUGUGUGGAUCACAGAACAUAGUCCUUCAAGGCAAGGUUAUCAUUCAAUCAGAAGCUAUUAUAAGAGGAGAUCUCGCAAAUGUAAAAACUGGGAGAUACUGUAUAAUAAGUAAACAAGCUGUUAUACGACCACCAUACAAGAAAUUUAGUAAGGGUGUGGCCUUCUUUCCUUUGAGUAUGGGUGAUCAUGUUUUCAUUGGAGAGAAAUCUGUGGUUUGUGCUGCCGUUAUUGGAAAUUUUGUAUACAUUGGAAAAAAUUGCGUCAUUGGUAGGAGAUGUGAAUUGAAAGAUGGUUGUGUAAUAGAGGAUAAUACGAUAUUAGCUCCUGAAACUGUAGUACCGCCAUUCAGUAGAUAUGGGGGUUCUCCAGGUGUACAAGUUGGUACUCUACCUGAAGUUCAGCCAGACAUUAUGGUUGAUUAUACUAGAAGUUAUUAUCAACAUUUUUUAACUAGUCGUAAUCCAGUUUAGAUUUAUAAUACAUUAAUUAUAUAAAAAGCUUGCUUAUUAUCAUUAUUGUACUAAUUUAUUUCUUAAAUAAGAUAAUCAAAAAAAAAAUUAUAUUUCAGUAUUAAAUAAUACUAAUAUUGUA